ACAAAGCGCAAGAGCUUCCCGCCUGCUGCAUGAUAAGCUGAGCUCUUUGCUCUCUGCAUGCAAGCCAUUCAACAUGGUAACUGGCAACCACAUCAUGUCCCAUGGCAACUACAUCAUAUCACAUGGUAACUACAUCAUGUCACAUGGUAACUACAUCAUGUCACAUGGGAAUACAUAUCGCAUGAUCUCCCCUUCGGGUACACAAAUCCCUAAGAACCUCCCGCUGCUGUUACUCCAACUGGUGCAGAAUCUGCUUUGGGCCUUUGGUUGGAGCCCCUUCUAUUAGAUUUACAGGUAGGUAGGGAUGUAGGGUAGGAUACUAGUAUGGUUAUAGAAUGCGCUGUUGUCUUUGAUAAUCUAUGUAUCUCGUUAGUGUAAGUUCUUUCCACAUUCUCGUUAUAAUACCAAGUAUUGUGGGAUGGUGCUUCCACA